AAUUUGCACAGCACCUUCUAACACUACACUCCUCGCAGAAUUUCUACAUCAUGAUUAGUGCAAAGAGGCUUAUUGAAAUGGCAAGAAAGUGGCAGAAAAUGGCUGCGGGAAAACGCAAGAGAAUUUCAUACCCCAGGCAGCAGAAUCUUGAUCGUGUUCAUUCUUCAACACCAAACAAGGGUCACUUCGUGGUUUACAGCGUCGAUCAUAAGCGAUUCGUGGUUCCCAUAAAGUACCUCACCACCAGCGUGUUCAAAGAGCUUCUGAAAUGGUCGGAAGAGGAGUUUGGUUUACCGUCUGAUGGACCCAUUACGUUACCUUGUGAUAGCGUCUUCUUGGAGUACGUAAUCUCGUUGAUUCGUGAACAUGUUUCCGAAGAUGUUGAGAAGGCUUUGAUCACUACAAUGAUUACGUGUCACCACUUGGCAUCCUCAUCGUCAUCAUCUUCUUCUCGUAGCAAUGGUCUUAUGCAGAGCAACGGGCAGAUGAUUAUUUAUGGCUUUUGAAGCCAUUUUCAUAUAUUAUUUGUGUAUACAAAAUGAAGAUUACAAAUAUAGAUAUUCAAGUCUUGUACAAUCUCCAUUAUUUUCUGUGAUGCUUCGGAACCAGUUUUGUAAUUAAAUAUGAUAGCGAAUCGAAGAUUUGAAGAACAA